UCAGCGGAUCCGAAGACAGACGUUGAACGAGAGAAAGCGGGUUAAGCUUAUAGAUCUGGCAUCAGGGGUGUGCUACAAGGGGCGUUCUUGAGCAAAACCCUUGCAGAAAGGAAAGGGUUAAUUGCUCUGUGUAUAUAAAGACACUGGAUACACACUCACGAAGCAGUUCCUAUUGAGGAGAGGGGUAGGAAAGGAUCUUGUAAACAAUCAUAUAAUUACUCUUUAUUUCCCCUGGAAUAGGACAAAAAUGAAGCUGUUAUUUCUUGCAGUACUCCUUACCUAUCUUAUUGUUCCAGGUACUAGCCUGAAGUGCGCUUAUUGUGUCCUAAGUCCAUCUCUGUGCAUCAAGAAGGCAACCUGUGAUGCCAAUGAGCUGUGUUACUCCGGGAACGCCAUUUUAGCUUCAGCAACCAUCUUCUCCUCUGGAUGCACGAAUAAAGAAAACUGUGGGAAAGAGAUUACUCAAAAGUAUCUUGGUUUGAACUACAAGUUUUUGGCAGAAUGUUGCAAUUAUGAUUACUGCAACGGAGCAACAGCAGCUCGGCUCUCCCUGUUGGCAGUCUCUGUCAUGGCUCUUGCCUGGUUUGUAGGAUUCCAGUAGAUCUGUGUAAUUCCUCUCAAAGCCUGGUAUUCCUUUAUCUGUUAUGUUCAGCUGCCCACUAUAACAGCAGCAUUUGCACAAUGUUUGUCUUUCCUUUUUUUUGCAUCUUGCUAUUUGUGUUUCAAACAGCAGAUUAGUACCCAAUCGAGUAUGUCCUACGUAUGUGUGCUGUACAAGGUGUGUUAAGGGGAUGGCAUUGCCCAUCGUGAGUUUUCACUUUUUUUUAAACUUUGACAAAAAAUGGGAAGGUUCCUGUAUCGAUCACAUCCUGCAAUCACCAGACAAAAGGCUGUUGUCUUAAUGCCAAAGAAUUCUGCAUUCAGAAGCCCACAGUGCUUCAGAAUAAAUGUUCCACAAAAAAUUCUGAAGCUUUUAAACCUUUUGUAAUAAUCCUUCAUAUAAUCCCAGCCUGCUGUUGUGAAUUUGAUUUUUUCCACAUUAAUGCAAAUUUUGUAUGUGGUAAGAUUUUGAAUGUGCUAUUUUUUUAAUGCAUGCUGUCAUUAGCAGUGCAAAACAACUGCUUUUUAAAAUUCUACACUCUUGUAAUGCUGAAUUACUGAUCUAAAUGUGUCAUAACAAUGGGUAUUUGUAGACUGCAUUGGAAGAGGGGUGUCAAAUAUCAGGGAUAAAAAUGAGCAUUGAUAUAGAGGUUUUCAUGAUUUUGUGUAGAUUUAUAAAUAUGCCAUUAAAAGAUUUCUUAA